UAUUUUAUUUUAUUUUUAUUACUUUGUCGGAAGUCUACGCAAGGCGAAGGGGCGAAGGGGGAAGAAAGACGCUGUCUUGAUAUUUCUGCAUCUCUGUUUUCAAACCCUAAGACAGAGAUUAGAGGAGAUCAAACACUAGAGCUCCUCUCUGCUCAUCACCAGCCGGUACAUCAGAGGGCCGUCUUCAUCCUUUAGGGAGCUACAAUGAACCACUACGACCACAGAUUGGGGGACCCCAACUCUUACCGCGAUCGUAGAAGCGACCUAAUGGCGCCGCCGCUGCAGAUGCCACCGCUUGUGAUGGGCGGUGGAAUGGUUGGCGCCGCCGAUCCAGGAUUCGGCCGCGAUGGGCCUGUUUCUUUUGGAGGACCUCCAGCUUCUUUCGCCACCAGUGGAAGGGGGCCUGGGGCGGUGCCUGGAGCUGGCAGUUUUGGUGGAUAUCCACCAUUUCAGCCCGGCAGCGGGAAGUUUGAUAUUGGCCGAAGUGGGUAUAGUGGCGGCGGAGGAAGGGGCUUUAAUGCUGGGAGAGGUGGCGGCAGUGGCAGUGGUGGCGCGGUUGGUGGUCGGGGUGAUGCUCGAGGGGUUGGUGGUAGAAUGCCCAACGGGGAUAUUGGAGAUAUGAGAGCUGAUGCAGGGCGUGGCCGUGGUAGUGGUGGUAAUGGGGGGAGGGGUGGAGACAGAGGUGGCGACCGUGGAAAGAAUUUUGGUGCUAGAGGUAGAGUUUCUGACUCUGGUCGCGGUGGAGUCAGAGCUAGUGGAGGUCGAGGUGGUGCUGGUCGCAGUUCAGACUUUGGUCGUUCUGGCAGCCGGAGUUUCGAUGGAGGUCGGACUGGUGGUAGGAGCUUUGACGGUGGCCGAGGUGGCAAUAGAGGUUUUCAAGGGGGGCAUGGUGGUGGAAGGGGAGGUAGACAUGGUGGAGCAUCUAGAGGGGAUUUAGAUAAUAUUGCCCUUCCAAAGCAGGAUUUUGGGAACUUGGUCCCUUUUGAGAAGAAUUUCUACUUUGAAAGCCCUUCAGUGCAGGCAAUGACUGAACAAGAAGCUAUGCUUUACCGGGCAAGGCGUGAGAUCACAGUACAAGGCCAUGAUAUCCCAAAGCCAAUUCGGAUGUUUCAAGAGGCAAACUUUCCAGCUUACUGCCUCGAGGUGAUUGCUAAAAUGGGAUUUGUUGAGCCAACCCCUAUUCAGUCUCAGGGAUGGCCUAUGGCUUUAAAGGGCAGAGAUUUGAUUGGCAUUGCUGAAACUGGUUCGGGGAAAACAUUGGCGUAUCUGCUGCCUGCUUUGGUACAUGCUAGUGCACAGCCUCCACUGGUACAUGGUGAAGGUCCCAUCAUAUUAGUAUUAGCUCCUACUAGAGAACUAGCUGUUCAGAUCCAAGAAGAAGCUGUGAAAUUUGGUUCCCGUUCAAAUAUGAGAAGUACUUGCAUCUAUGGAGGUGCCCCAAAGGGGCCACAGAUCCGUGAUCUUAAAAGAGGUGUUGAAAUUGUCAUUGCUACUCCUGGUCGAUUGAUAGAUAUGUUGGAAGCUCAACACACAAACCUGAGAAGAGUGACAUACCUCGUGUUGGAUGAGGCUGAUAGGAUGUUGGACAUGGGUUUUGAGCCUCAGAUUAGAAAAAUUGUAGCCCAAAUUCGACCUGAUAGGCAGACGCUAUAUUGGAGUGCCACAUGGCCUAGGGAAGUGGAAACACUGGCAAGGCAGUUCUUAAGAAAUCCAUAUAAGAUAAUAAUAGGAUCCUCGGAUCUGAAAGCAAAUCAAUCCAUACAACAAGUAGUUGAAGUUGUGACAGAGCUAGAGAAGUACAACAGGCUUAUCAGAUUGCUCAAAGAAGUAAUGGAUGGGAGCAAAAUCCUGAUAUUCACUGAAACAAAAAAAGGAUGUGACCAAAUUACAAGACAGCUGAGAAUGGAUGGGUGGCCAGCUCUAUCCAUCCAUGGUGAUAAAAGCCAGGAAGAAAGGGAUUGGGUCCUGGCUGAGUUUAGAAGUGGCAGAAGUCCUAUAAUGACUGCCACUGAUGUUGCUGCACGUGGUCUUGAUGUGAAGGACAUCAAAUGUGUGGUCAAUUAUGAUUUUCCGUCAAGCCUUGAGGAUUAUGUCCACAGGAUUGGUCGAACUGGUCGUGCAGGGGCUAGAGGAACUGCCUUUACCUUCUUUACGCAUGCAAAUGCAAAGUUUGCCAGGUAUCUCAUUAAGAUACUCCAAGAAGCAGGGCAGGUUGUUCCUCCUCCAUUAUCUGCUUUGGCCCGGUCAGCUGGUUCUAGUUUGGGAGGCUCUGGGGGCAACUUCCGUUCCAGGGGACGGGGCUUUGUCAGCCGUUCAUUAAUUUCAGGAUCUAACACUAUUCCUAUAGGUGGAAAGAGGCCUUGGUAGCUUCACUGGACUACACCAAUUAUGUGCAAAUUCAACUGAGGACUCAGAUGAAACUUUGCGGGUCAUCUUGGAUUUUUUUUAUGACAAACGAAAGAGUGGAAGUUUAACCUUCCAGCUUCUUGCUUCUUUCGCUGGCCUAAAUGGAUUUUGCUUUGUUAAUGUGUACCAGUAGUUUGUUGACAUUAGGGAAGUGACAAUUUCCUUAUUUACAUAUGAUCGUUACGCUAAUUAAUAUAAUUUCUCCCA